AUGAAUUUCAGCGAAGAACUUAGUUGUCAAUUCAUGACGCCAAAAGAAAAUGGACACUCAUGUCAAUAUUAUAAACAAUCAGAAACAGGAGAACUCACGCAGUUCUGCUGCUGUUUCGGAAAAAAUUGCUACCAAUCGGUGAAUCGCUUGGAAUAUGAGCAGCGUUUAUUAAAUAGCUUGGCUGUGGAUUCGAUAGCGGCUAUAUUCUUUGCAUUUACGUUCUUUAUCAAUAUUUUAACAAUUAAAUUGUUCUAUAACGACUUAACUAACGCUGUCGUAUUCAUCUAUCAGAUGCAUUCUGGUAUAACAUCAUCUAAACUUCGACGAUCAGAGCACAACUUACUGCAAAACGUGGAAAAAAAAGUUAUCUCGUGGAAUACAUGUACACUGAUCUCCACCAAAAUGAUAACGUUAUUAAUGCAACCGAGGAAUGAACAAAAUAUCAGCGAUGCCAAGUUUAGGCACAAAAAACUCAAAGUAAAUGAAUGUUCUCAAGAAGGAAAGCAAUAUAUGGGCAGUAAGGCCAUGGCAAAACAAUACGAUAGGAAUGAACGACUAUUUCGACAGGAAUGGUAUAGGAAUAGUACAUUGAUGAAAGUUAGUCACUCACAUUGGCGUGCUCGAGAAUGGAAUCAAGCCGGAAAGCAGAUGCGUAGAACACUGAAACAUCUCUUUGAGCUAUGA